CUGAUGAUGAGGAUGAUGAACAGGCUGAUAGUGACACCAACUUUUAUGAUGGAGGGUUGGAUGGAGCGGAUGCAAUGGGCUUCGGCCCUCUUGUGCCCACUGAAACUGAGAGGUCUUUGAUGGAGCGUGUGAGACAAGAACUGAAGCAUGAGCUCAAACACGGUUACAAGGACAAGAUUGUGGACAUCAGAGAGGAAAUUUUACGCAAGAGAAGAGCUGGAAAGCUGCCUGGUGAUACGACAUCUGUCUUAAAAGCCUGGUGGCAGUCGCACUCAAAAUGGCCAUAUCCAACGGAGGAAGACAAAGCGCGAUUAGUACAGGAAACUGGCUUGCAACUAAAACAGAUAAACAACUGGUUCAUCAACCAAAGGAAAAGAAACUGGCACACUAAUCCUUCAUCCUCAUCCUCUCAGAAAAGCAAACGCAAGAGUACGGGCGAAAAUAUGAGCAGCGAGCACUUCAUUUGAGGGGUAGAACUUGUAUAGUCGCAAUCCCAUUAAAAUCACAUCUCUGUAUACAAAUAGUUAACACUGGACAUGAGAAAUGAGCGUCUCAAGAUUCAGCUGAAGGUUGCCGAUUGUAAUUGCAGAAGUUUUUGCCACUAGACCGCUGGCCGGGUAUGGAGGAUUGGCAGAUCCACUUCAAGAUAGUUAGAGUAUGCUUUUGAAUACAAUGUGACGUCCAUAUUAUUAAGCAGCAGUGCAUAUUUUCCCACUUCUUUAAUGAGGUUCUUCAAUGUUCAGUAUCUAUUGAAAUGCUUAUACACUUAAAUAUUAUUCACUUAUGCAUGCUUUGUAAGUUUCACCUUUUUUUUGUUCUUUGAAUGUGAAUAUUAGUAGCGGUUGGUCAUGGUUAGUCCUUCGAAGUUCGAAUAGCUGUAAAUGGUUGAUUCCUAUUGAAUG